ACCUAACCCGGCUGCGCCUGGAGCGGAAGCACCAAGGCUGGAACGCUGGCUGCGGAGCACGGAGGAGGGGACCAUCCGACACCAGGAAGGGCCAGGCGGGAUCUCCGAGCAGGAUGACUUUAGGAAUCUUUGCAAAUUGUAUAUUCUGCUUGAAGGUCAAGUACUUACCUCGUCAGCAGAAGAAAAAGCUGCAAACUGAUAUUAAGGAAAAUGGCGGAAAGUUUUCCUUUUUAUUAAACCCUCAGUGCACACAUGUCAUCGUAGACAGUGCUGACGUCCUGAGUCGGUGUCAUCUGAACUCCAUCCAAAAGAACGAUGUGCAGAUUGCCAACCCAGCAUUCAUCCAGGACUCUGUGAGACAGAGGAGACUCCUGGAUGUGAGGAAUUAUGAUCCUCUGUCGCCGGCUCCAGCAGCACCACCAGCUGAAAGGAGCAGGUCUGAAGUGCAAUCAGAAUAUCUGCCUUCAGACAACACCCCAGAGAAGGAAAACACCGAAGUCACUGAGGUUUCUGCAGAGAAUGUUGAAAUUCCCCCCUUUCUUCAAGACUUUGAAGUUGUGAAAUAUAACAUCUUGGAAAAGGUAGGAGGCCCCGAGACUGUGGUGGUAGAGCUGCAGAGCUCCCAGGACCCAGAGAGCUGCCCCUUUGUGAUAACAGCACACUUCCUCCUGGCUGAUCAAAAGACCAGGAGAGAGAGCACUGGAAAGCAAACUUCUGAAGGUGCAAUUGAAUAUUAUGAAAGUUAUGUGGAAGACCUGAAGAGACAAGGAUUUCUGCUCCAAGAACACUUUACGGCCGAAGCAACACAGUUAGCGUCUGAGAAACUGCAGGCGUUGCUUUUGGAGGAGGUCAUUAGUUCAGGCGCCCUGAGCCAGGAGGUGAGCGAUUUGCUGGAGGUGAUCUGGACAGAAGCUCUGGGCCACCUGGAGAACACGCUCCUCAAGCCAGUGAACAGCAUGAGCCUGAAUGACGUGAGUAAAGCAGAGGGAAUUCUCCUUCUGGUGAAGACAGCCCUGAAGAAUGGAGACUCGCCCGGACAACUGCAGAAGACAAUGGCCGAGUUCUACCGCUUGCUGCCUCACAGGCAUCCAGCCUCAGAGGAAGUUAACCUGAGGCUGUUGGCUCAAAAAGAGGACCUUUGUCAGCUGGUAAGAGACAUGGUGAAUGUUUGUGAAACUAAUUUAUCCAAACCCAACCCACCAUCUCUUGCCAAAUACCGUGCUUUGCGAUGCAAAAUCGAACAUGUUGACCAGAACACUGAAGAAUUUUCCAGGGUUAGAAAAGAAGUGUUGCAGAAUAAUCGAAGUGAACAACCAGUAGAUAUCUUGCAGAUAUUUAGAGUUGGCAGAGUGAAUGAAGCUACGGAGUUUUUAAGCAAACUGGGCAACGUGCGACUCUUAUUUCAUGGAUCUCCUGUGCGGAACAUUCUUGGAAUCUUGUCCCGAGGGCUGCUCUUACCUAAGGUAGCUGAAGACCGCGGUGUACAGAGAACAGAUGUUGGAAAUCUCGGGAGCGGGAUCUACUUCAGCGACUCACUCAGUACAAGCAUUAAGUAUGCACACGCAGGAGAGACAGAUGGGUCCAGACUCCUGGUCGUCUGUGACGUUGCCCUGGGAAAGUGUGUGAACUUAUUCAAGAAGGACUUUUCUUUAACUGAGGCGCCACCAGGCUAUGACAGUGUGCAUGGAGUUUCGGAAACCACCUCUGUCCCCACAGACUUUCAGGACGAUGAAUUUGUUGUAUAUAAAACCAACCAAGUUAAAAUGAAAUACAUUGUUAAAUUUUGCACUCCUGGAGAUCAAAUAAAGGAAUUCCAUCCUCAUGAAAAUACCGAAGUAGAGGAGCAAAGGGCUGAGCCCUCCAGUGUUCCAGAGGCUGGAGAUUUCCAGUUACCAGACAUCAAGCCCUUCACAAACAUCAAAGCCGGCCUUCAGGAUGCAUCUGCGAAUCCUGUUCCUCUUGACAGUGUUCACAUUAAGGGAAGAGUAAUAGACUUCGUAGCCCAGGUCAUUGUUUUUCAGACAUACACGAAUCAAAGCCACGUGCCUAUUGAGGCAAAAUAUAUCUUCCCAUUGGAUGACAAAGCAGCUGUGUGUGGCUUCGAGGCAUUCAUCAAUGGGAAGCACAUUGUGGGAGAGAUAAAGGAAAAGGAAGAGGCCCGGCAGGAGUACCGAGAGGCUGUCAGCCAAGGCCAUGGUGCUUACUUGAUGGACCAGGACACUCCGGAUGUUUUCACUGUAAGUGUUGGAAACUUACCCCCUCGGGCUAAAGUCCUCAUCAAAAUCACCUACAUCACGGAACUCAGCAUCCAGAGUCCUGUGGCCAUCUUCUUCAUCCCUGGCACUGUAGCACCCUGGCAACAGGACAAGGCGUUGAAUGAGAACCUUCAGGAUACAGUGGAGACAAUUCGUAUAAAGGAAAUUGGAGCAGAGCAAAGCUUCUCCCUGGCUAUGUCCAUUGAGAUGCCCUACAUGAUUGAAUUCAUUUCCAGUGACACACAUGAACUGAGACAAAAGAGCACAGACUGUAAAGCUGUGGUUAGCACUGUGGAAGGCAGCUCCUUGGACAGCGGUGGAUUUUCUCUCCACAUUGGUUUGCGUGAUGCAUACCUCCCAAGAAUGUGGGUUGAAAAACAUCCAGAAAAAGAAAGCGAGGCCUGCAUGCUUGUCUUUCAACCGGAGCUUGCGGACGUCCUCCCUGACCUCCGUGGAAAGAACGAAGUGAUUAUUUGUCUUGACUGUUCCAGUUCCAUGGAGGGUGUGACAUUCACACAAGCCAAGCAGGUUGCCCUGUAUGCUCUGUCUUUGCUGGGUGAAGAGCAGAAAGUCAACAUUAUGCAAUUUGGCACAGGUUACAAGGAACUGUUUUCAUAUCCUAAGUGCAUCACGGACAGUAAAAUGGCCACAGAGUUCAUUAUGUCUGCAGCACCUUCCAUGGGGAACACAGACUUCUGGAAAGUUCUCCGCUAUUUAAGUCUCCUGUACCCUUCAGAAGGGUUCCGGAACAUUCUCCUCAUAUCUGAUGGGCACCUCCAGAGUGAGAGUCUGACACUGCAGCUUGUGAAAAGAAAUAUCCAGCACACCAGAGUGUUCACCUGUGCUGUUGGUUCCACAGCAAAUCGUCACAUCUUAAGGACCUUGUCUCAGUGUGGCGCUGGAGUAUUUGAAUAUUUUAACUCAAAAUCUAAGCACAGUUGGAAAAAACAGAUAGAAGCUCAAAUGACCAGGAUACGUUCCCCAAGUUGCCACUCUGUCUCUGUCAAAUGGCAGCAGCUUAGCAGAGAUGCCCCCGAGCCUCUGCAGGCCCCGGCAUGGGUGCCCUCUUUGUUCCACAAUGAUCGACUCCUGGUCUACGGCUUCAUUCCUCAUUGUACACAAGCAACUCUGCAAGCAUUCAUCCAAGAGAAAGAAUUUUGCACAAUGGUGUCAACUACAGAGCUUCAGAAGACAACUGGGACUAUGAUUCACAAGCUGGCAGCCCGGGCACUAAUCAGAGAUUAUGAAGACGGCAUUCUCCACGACGAUGAAACCAACCACGAGAUGAAGAAAAACAUCAUGAAAUCUCUGAUUAUCGAACUCAGUAAAGAAAAUUCUCUUAUUACACAAUUUACAAGCUUUGUGGCAGUUGAGAAAAGGGACGUAAAUGAGAUUCCUUUUGCUAAUGUCCCAAAUAUUUCGGAACUUGUUGCCAAAGAAGAUGUUGACUUUCUACCAUACGUGAGUUGGCAGGAAAAGCAACCAGAGGCCUCCAUAUCACAGACAGAGAUUGAUUCUUCGAGACUAAAGCACAAUAAACUCUCUGAUGGCCAUGGAGUGCUACAGCCCGUUUCCGUCUCCUCUGAAGUGAAUGAGAAACCAUCACUGCUACUCGCUGCUAAAAAAAGGAAAAUAAAGACUAUAAAGAAGUGCAGUCUAGACAUUUCUGAAGAUUUUGAAGACAGGACUGCAGUAGCACAGUCACCUGCAACAGCGCAGUCUCUUAAUUUCCACCUGCCUCUCAGUGUCCGCCCACAACUGAAAGCUGUGGAGCAGCAGCUGCAUGGGAACCGGCUGGAGCCAAAGCAAAGGGGAGGAUUUCGAAAACUGCUCAUGGCAAAGAAGUGUCGAAAUGUGCCUGAUUCCCUGGUUUCCUCUGCUCCUGCAGUCACAGCUGAGUUUUCUUACCUUUCUGCCUGCAGCUCUAGUUCUGCCUUCCUGUCUCCUCUCUGCGACAUCCCUUCUUCUCUUCCUCCCCAUCCCCUUGGUGGUACCCACCCUCCUCCCCCUCUUCCUCUCCCUGAUGGCACCCAUCUUCCUUCCCCUCUCUUUGGUAGCACCCACCCUCCUCCCCCUCUCUUUGGUGGCACCCUUAUUCCUCCCCCUUCUUCUCUUUUUGGUGGCACCCAUCUUCCUCCCCCUCCCCCUCUCCCUGGUGGCACCCAUAUUCCUCCCCCUCCACCUAUCCCUGGUGGCACCCUUAUUCCUCCCUCUUCUUCUCUCUUUGGUGGCACCCAUCUUCCUCCCCCUCCCCUUCUCUCUGCUGGCACCCAUAUUCCUCCCCCUCCCCUUCUCUCUGCUGGCACCCAUCUUCCUCCCCCUCCCCUUCUCCCUGCUGGCACCCAUAUUCCUCCCCCUCCCCCUAUCACUGGCAGCACCCACCCUCCUCCCCCUUCCUCUCUCUUUGGUGGCACCCAUCUUCCUCCCCCUCCCCCUCUCCCUGGUGGCACCCAUAUUCCUCCCCCUCCACCUAUCCCUGGUGGCACCCUUAUUCCUUCCCCUUCUUCUCUCUUUGGUGGCACCCAUCUUCCUCCCCCUCCCCUUCUCCCUGCUGGCACCCAUAUUCCUCCCCCUCCCCCUAUUACUGGCAGCACCCACCCUCCUCCCCCUUCCUCUCUCUUUGGUGGCACCCAUCUUCCUCCCCCUCCCCCUGCUGGCACCCAAUUUUCUCUUUCUCCUAUAGGAUUCAUACCACCUAAGUUGGGUCCACCUAAGCUUAGCCACAGCCAUAAACUUGUCGGAGAUACCAACAUCCAUGACUCAGAGCCACCUCUCCUGGGCUUUAAGGAUUUGUGCUCUAGAGAUAUGGGCUUUAGUUGUGGUACCGCUUUCUCAGGUAGCUUUGCUAGUUCAAAGGAUUUUGAUCCAGGUAAAUUUUCCCAAGGCCCCAACAACAUCAGCUUCUCUCCCAAAGCCCCUGAGAUGGGCGUUCUUCACCAGUCACCUUUUUGCAGUCCUCCUAAGCCACCUUCUGCCCCUCCUCUUGUCACCAACGUACUUUGCUCUGAGGCUCCUCAGAGCUAUUUUCUUAAUUUGCAAAGUGCCGCAGUGCAUCAGAGCCCUAAUAACAGAGUGUCAGAGAUCAUCAUGGAGUCAGUUGAGUCAUCUCUCCCAUCAGAUUACUCUUCCAGAGAUGCGUCAUCAUACUUGGCUCUAGAAGGGGCAGAAGACUCCUUGCUGGGUGGAAGUUCUUUUGAAACCGAUACAGAUGAAGCAGCAGCAUUUAUAGCCAAUGAUCUUUUAACAAGUAUUGAGACUUCCUCAGAUGAGGAAUGUGCCUUCUGUGAUGAAGACCAGGAGAGUCCUGUGCCGUGGGCUUCACUCUUUGCUCUACAGACUGAGAAUGGUUUUUGGAAGCUGACACCAGAACUAGGACUUAUAUUAAACCUUAAUGUAAAUGCUCUGCUCACUUCUCUUGAAGAAAAGGGCAUUCGAUCUCUAGGUACAAAAGGGCGAGAGCGUCUCCUGGAUCUGAUUGCCACUUUGCUCGUACUGCAGUUUCUUUAUACCAAGUUGGAACAAGAAGGAAUGGUUGCCAAGUCUCUGAUAAAGAUGGAUGACGCCUUCAUUUCUAGGAAUAUUCCAUGGGCUUUUGAGAACAUAAAGAAAGCAAGAGAAUGGGCCAGAAAGACAGAAGGACAGUAUCCAUCUAUCUGCCAACGGCUUGAGCUGGGUAAAGACUGGGAGUCAGCCACAAAGCAACUACUGGGAAUUCAGCCCCAAGCCAACACUUCUCUUCACCGAAUUCUAUACUACAGCCAAGGCUGAAGCCAAUGAAAUUGCAUUUUAAAACUUUCUUUUAUUUCUUUUGUUAUUGUUUUGUUUUUGUUUUUUUUUUUUUCAAGACAGGGUUUCUCUGUGUAGUCCUGGCCAUCCUGGAACUCACUCUGUAGAGCAGGCUGGUCUCACACUCAAGGGAUCUGCCUGCCUCUGCAUUCCAAGUGCUGAGAUUAAAGGCAUCCACCACUGCUCUGAUGCCUUUCUCAUAUUUCUAUGUAGAAAAUAAUCAAAUAGUAAAAUGUACCAAUAAUGACGUGUAAUACGUGUUAAAUGUAGCUACAGCCCCUUUAAAAUAAAAUUAAUGGAAAGAAUUGAUUAAUCAUUUAACAACAAUAAAAGCUGUAAGAACUAAUACU